CAAAGAAAAUAAAAAGAGAAGAGAAGAGACAACCAAGAAUCUAAUCUUACUUGUUUUCCCAUUUUUUUGGGGAUUUUUUUGCUUAUAUUAAUUGGAUUUUCUCUUUGUUUGAUUAAGUGAGAUCUUUCGGAAAAUCGAGUGGCCAAGAAGGCAUUUUAGAGGAUUUCAAAAUCUGGGUUUUAGUUUUUUUUUAAUUUGGGUUUGACUGGGUUUUUUGUUAGGAUUUUUCUUUUCUUUUCUGGGUUUUUAUCAGGUUUGGGAAAUUAUGAGAACUUCAUGGGCAGAUUCUGCAUCUGAAACUGUUGUUUCAAACAACAAUCCCGUACCUCGUCCAAGUCGACCCACUUAUGUCCCUCCCCACCUCCGCAACAGCGCAGUUUCCGACGCGCCGACACCGUCGGGUCCGCCCACUGAGAGGGAGAGUUUUGGCGGGAACACCGGUGGUUCCCGUUGGAGCGGGAGCAGUCGGACUAAACCUGAAUACGGGCGUCAGAUGCAGGGAAAUGGUUAUGAUGCAGCCGGAAGAGACGGCGGCGGCAGCUGCAGGAAUAACAGAAGUGGCGGCUGGGAUAGGAGAAAAAGGGAAGUAAACCCAUUUGUUAAUGAUGAUAAAGUAGAUGAUAUGAAACAAGGUUUUAGUGAACACGAGAACACCGUGAUCAAUUUCGAUGCAUACGAAGAUAUUCCGGUGGAGAUUAGCGGCGAGAAUGUUCCGCCGCCGGUAAAUACGUUUGCGGAGAUAGAUUUAGGUGAAAUGAUGAACCAAAACAUCAGGAGGUGUAAGUAUGCGAAACCGACACCGGUUCAGCGAUAUGCAAUUCCUAUCGCAUUGGGCGGAAGAGAUUUGAUGGCUUGUGCUCAAACCGGGUCAGGGAAGACAGCUGCAUUUUGCUUUCCUAUUAUCAGUGGGAUUAUGCGAGAGCAGUACGGACAGAGAGCUCGAGGGGGACGAACUGUUUACCCCCUCGGUCUCAUUCUAUCUCCCACAAGGGAGCUUUCAUGUCAGAUACACGAUGAGGCCAAGAAGUUCUCGUAUCAAACCGGUGUCAAAGUGGUUGUUGCCUACGGGGGAGCACGGAUUAACCAACAGGUUGUUAUUGCAUCAAUUUAG